UCAUUGAUCAAUUACUGUUUUGUUGCAAAUUUUUAAAUGAAUACGCAAUAAUUUAUUUUUCAUUUUACGUUACACGUUAAUUUUUUUAAUUACAGACUGGGCUUUUUGGCAUCCAGGAUUAUUCAUGUUCACAAUUAGACUAGUUUGCUGAAUGGUUUUAUAAUAAUAAGAUAUAACACCGACAGAAAAUAUAUUUUUUUAAAGUUAUUGUCUACCUAUAUAUAUAUAUUAGUAUUAAUUUAAAGUUCUUUCAAAGUUUAGUGCCUAAUCGCCUAAGAAAAUAUUAAAGUAGAUUGUUUAAGAGUUAUUUCGUCAACAUAUCCGUUUGAAGAAUGCUUAAGUGACAUAAGAUUAUUAUCAACAACUAUAUAAUUAUUAAAAACGAAACCUUACAGCUUUUCCAAGAAAUUUCUACUAUAACGCGUUCCUGAAUAUUUUAAUACCCGAAUGAUUUGAUUAAAUUCUGCUUUUGUCCCUCGAGGCCAAAGGUCUUAUACAAUAUUUAAAUGACGUGCAGUAAAUUAUUCUCUUUGAACAUAUCAUGGUGUGCUUGUGAGCAAGCAGCCGUAACCAAAGUUUCGAUGAAAAAUCCUUUGAAUACCGCGCACUCGACAAAUCAUGUACUUUACUGUGAAAUACAAAGUUCAAAGAGUCUGCCAGUGCUUUAUGAUAUCUCCGUGGAAAUAAUAAGCAUCACAAGUCGUUUUUGGGGCUCAUUAGAUACACGAAAAUGUUCGAGUAAAAGCAAUUAAUUAACAUAUAACGGCCAAGUGAAUUCCGUUGUACCCUGUGAAUUUUGACGAAAAAUUGAAAGUAUUCAUAUAAAAACUAGUGUUGAAAUUGAAUGUGUCGAGCUUAUAUUUCCAGAAACACGCAUUAAAAUAUCUUGUAGGGAGAUGAAAUAUAGACUUUGUGCUGAGGCCAGGCAAACCCAAUAGGAGUACUGGCCGAAUACCAAUUAAUAAAUAAUGUUAAAUGAAUUGUAAUGUAUGAUUUAUAUGUUUUGUAAAAAUGUCUGACUAUUGAAUUGCUUUUGAAAAACGAAUAAUUGAAAAAAAUUAAACGAAUUACAAUGUAUUCUGAUACUUAUAACAUUUCAUUUUAGGUAAACGAUUCAUAAAAAUCUGUGAAGGUAAUUUCAAGGUUGAAUAGUCACCGGCAAUAAGGUUUGAUUCUACAAGAAAAUAUGCGUAUUGAAGAGGAUCUCUGUACCAAACAUUAACAGAUCUAGUUUUUGCAUAACGCAUUGCGUACAAUGACAUAAUAUUACAUAGUAUGUAUACCGUUUUUUACCCGACGGUCAUCGAUUCAGUUUGAAAGGACGACAAAUUUACUGCUCAGUAGGGGAUUCGUGACAAUUAUUCGUGUCCGCUACUUGUCCGGCCUAGACGAACGGUCUACGACCCGGACGCAUCUUAUAGGAAUGUCAUUUUGCUCUUUCCAGCAGAGAAAACCUCAACGAUUGUAGUGACCAUGUUAUAUUGUUGUUCACGCAGUUUAUUUUGGUAAUUUGAAAAUUGCACCGUUAAAACGCAUCGUCGUUCAAACUACACAUCGAUGUUAUGAGAUAAACGACAUCUUUCAGAGUAAACGAUAUUGAAAUCGUUUGUGUAAGUGUAAACAUCUCGAACGUCGGUUCUUAAGCUGGUAGACAUUUUCCUAAUUAAAAUUUAUCUUUUUAUUUCUUUUGUGCGUCCAAAAUCAUUUCCAAUGUCGACAACACGCUCUGUGAUCUCAAUUUCAGACGACCAUAACACUGCCAUUAAUGUGUGUUGCAUUAUCAGAUAACUAGCUACCAAUUUGAGAUACCGGAACUGUACUGUCGCAGCUCUAGCGGUCCCACACACGGUUGAGCGAGAUAUGGUCGCGGACGCGGUGCUUGGCAUUUAACGGCGGAAAAACACACUUAGUUGCCACGAAUCUGAACUUACACGAGACUUAUCACAUUGGUGUAAGAACCGUUGUGUUAUUUAACGGGCCGAAAGCAACGGGUGGAUAAAUCGGUUAAACGUCGUCCGGCGUCACUUUUUAUUUAAUAAAAUUAACGACGGCGAGUCAACUGAGUGAUAAACUAAUUAUUUCGAGGUGGCUGACACUAGCGCGAUGGUUUUAUAAAAAGAUUAUUUCGGCGGGACAUUAUUUUUCGCUUUACUGCCACACAAGACGUUUAACAACAGGAAAUAAUGAUUUAAUGGAAGACGAAUACACGGUCGUCCGACAAAUAGAGGCAAUUGAACUCGUGUUAAACAGAUGUACAAUGCAAAACGUAUCUGCGUGCGUUCUUCGUCAUCCACGUAGUGUCUUCAGCGUGUGCUUAUCUCCGUGAUUGCCGUGCCCGCCGACGCGUACACGCAUAAUAAUUCAUAGUGACAUUACAAGCGGUGAAAACUCGGCCGAGUCAUGAGGAGAGUGUGUAUCGUAUACGGCAGCGAUGGCAGUACCGAAGACGGUGAAAGAGUACCCCACCUUCUGGUGAAAAACGCUCUUGCACGUCCCCCGCAUUUAUUGGCCGAAUUCUGCACCGCGAUAUUCGGCCGGCAAAACAGGUGGGAAAACCGCACAGCCUAUUUUCCUGCUCCUCUUCUUCUUUUUCACCGUACUUCCUCAGCUUAUUACCUCUUGGACGAAUCGGUCGUUGUAGUAUCAGUGCACCGGCGCUAACGAAACAACAACGACGUUCACAAAACGCGAAAAUCUGACUAAAGAAAUCGCGAUAACCAUCACAAUUGUAUCUCAUAUAAGAGUCUUCCCAACCAAGUGACGGGGCGACACUCUGUGCAGUAUCUAUUUGGCAUCGUUGGCCAACCGGAGUACGCAAUAUCAGCUAUCACUGCUGAUGAACCCGGUCAAAGUGCAUAGAUUUUAAGUUGUUCUGUUUUGAAUAGCUUGUCUUUGGAACGAUCGCAUUUAAUUAAUUAUCGCCCGUUUUUUCUGUCUGGUAUUUAUUCACACAUCAGACGCACGUUCGAUUUUGUCAAUAGUACAGACUACCAUCGUGACAUGAUGAUACUAACAAAAUGUCAGUACGCGGCGCUCGUGAUCUUAUUCAUACAGAUGCAAGUACUGUGCCAGGAAUCGGUCACGACGGAAAGUGGAGUCGUAGGUAGUGGAGCAGGACCAACAGAAUUGUAUCCAAACAAUGAUGAAACAGUUGCUGCUGCUAGCGAAGAAGACGUGGGUAGAGAGAACGUUUUCGUUCUCAACGACACCAGAGAUGCUCUAGCUCAUGAUGGGAGUGAACACAAUUCUGUAUUGUUUGUCGGUGACAGUUACGUACCAGUAACCACUCAGCUUCGGUCUAGGCCCAUAUCACCAGCUGAUUCCACGGCGCUCGAUUGGAGAUUGCAAACUGUGGAAAGUUGGGAUGGCCGGCGCCAAGGCAACAACAAGACCAGAGUGCAACAUAUUGAAGCAGAAUGUCAAGACGACUAUAUGAAAAUUCGAAUUGGUUUCAACGGUUCCUUUGGGGGUUUGCUGUAUUCUUCAGGCUAUUCCUAUGAUCCAGAUUGUGUUUACAUAAAUGGAACUGGCAGGGAUUACUACGAGUUCUACAUUCAGCUCAACAGAUGUGGUACUUUGGGAAAGAACUCAAGACAAGAAGACGCACGGAAAAACCCAGCGAAAAAUCUUAUGUGGAACACCGUUACUGUUCAGUAUAAUCCUAUGAUAGAAGAAGAAUGGGAUGAGCACUUCAAAGUAACUUGCGAGUACGGUUACGAUUUCUGGAAAACGGUGACUUUCCCAUUCUUAGAUGUCGAGGUGGCCACAGGCAAUCCGGUAGUGUUCACGUUAUCACCACCAGAAUGUUACAUGGAGAUCCGGUAUGGAUAUGGAACAACCGGUAAUCGAGUAGGAGGACCCGUUCGAGUUGGAGAUCCGUUAACGUUAAUCAUCUACAUGAGAAGCAAAUAUGAUGGUUUUGAUAUCGUAGUCAAUGAUUGUUACGCCCACAACGGAGCGCAGAAAAAGAUUCAACUCAUCGAUCAAUACGGAUGUCCUGUUGACGACAAGCUUAUCAGCCGUUUCAGGGGCUCGUGGAGCGAGAGUCAAGUAUUUGAGACACAAGUAUUUGCUUACAUGAAAACGUUCAGAUUCACCGGAUCGCCAGCUUUGUAUAUAGAAUGUGACGUCCGCAUGUGCCACGGUAGAUGUCCGAGUCAACCUUGUCAUUGGAGAAAUGCCAAAAGUGUUUCAAAACGAUCUACAGACAUGGAGGUUGCGACAACCCCUGCAGCUCUAUCGCAAAAUAUCAACUUAUUUCAAUCACUGCGAGUACUCCAAGAAGGAGAAAACUCUGAAGACGCUGCUGCUUUGAGUAAUAAAACCUCAGGUUAUUACACUGAUAAUAGCCAAAACUCAGUGUGUGUUCGAUCUGGACUAUUGGCUGGUCUAUUAGCUCUUGCUUCAACAAUCUUGUGCUUCCUAAGCUUAGCAUUGACCAUCAUGUGUUACCGCGCAAAAAGGCUGGUUAAGAGCAUAGACGACUCAACGUCUCAUCACGUUAUUACCAGUGCACCGACCAGAUGCUUUUUAACGCAUAAAGGACGAAUUAAUUAAAGACAUUCCUAGCCCAGAGCCUUUUGCUUCUCAGAGAAGACAAUUCAACGUACAGGGGACAGUUCUAAUUAAAAAACAGACAUAAUUAAAAUAAGAAGGCUCGACUUUAAUCUGAUUCUAGUUUUUCCUAUUCCGACUUAUGUGUAGAUAAUACGGCUUAGUCUCCAUUGAAAUAUUAUUUAUAAUAAUAUAUUUUGUAAAAAAGACAACUGUUGAUUAGCAGUUGAAUUUUCCGAUCGUGGAUUGCGCACAAACAGAAUGAUUGACAUUCACUGCCAUUUAAUAAAAUGUAAAAGUAAUGAAAUGUGUAAAUAUAAUUACCUAAUUAAUAGUGAAGUAUUUUCUCUUCGGCGUAAUCUUAAGGAUAUAUUUUUUGCGACCCUAAUCGUCCUUAUUAUUUUAUGUCACUCGAUCUGCAUGUGUGCUAUCCUACGCUUAGUUUGUCUAAAUUGUGCGAGUCGCAGUUUACUCUUACAGUAUGAUUAUAUAGUACAUUUUAUCAGCGUCCAUUACACUAAUCGUGUAAUUCAUUUAUCAAUAAUCUGUGACCUUUAAAAAAUAUUUUCAUGUCUGUACAACGGUCACUGUAGAUUAUAAUCAUUUUUUUAAAAUCAGGCCAUAUGGUUAUAAGUUUAUUGAUUAUUUUUUGACCAAAGUGAUAUAGAAUAAUUAAAAAAAUAUAUAUAUAUUCAAAACAGAUCUGACGACCAUAUUACGGUAGUGUUGUGUGUUAAAUUAAUCUUAUUUGUGUUUUUUACUGAACUAUCUAUAAAAAUAUUAAUAUAUAAUACGACAAAUUAUGGACAGAUUUUCCUUCAAUCGAUUCAUAUACACGUCGUAAAGUAUUUCAAUUGUAUGUGUUGAUUUUUUUUUCGAUCGACCUUUGUACAGUUAAGUGAAAUCACUAGUCCGGAAGUUACAAUAAAAAAACGGGCUUGAAUAUUCAAUGUAUUUCUACAGGUUUAUCAGUAUUCUGUAAGUGACAGCAGCAUAGGUGAACGAAGUCGUAAAAAGUUUACAAAAAUACAUUAUAUUUUGGCGCUUUUUCAAAAGGAAAUUAUUUUUUUUGUUAUCGAUAACAUUGAAAUAUACUCGAUGAAGAAAUACACACACACAAUCUGUAUACGGUCGUCUGUAUUCUCUCAAUUGCAGUCAUUCAAAUGAUUACCCAUUGAACUCUUUUCAUAUUUAGGUUUUAAAUUAAUUAUUUUUUCCAACGAAUAACUCGCACUAUUUUUGUAAAUAAUUCAUCAUCAGUCCUUUUUUAGCUUCGAAGCGUAGCUAAAAAGGUAUUGACUUUAUUUAAUAAUAAUAAUAAUAAUACUGUCCAUAGUGUUAUAAAUAUUAUUGCUCAAUUACAAAGGAAAGCGAGUCACUUGUGCAGCUUACAGUAUAAUGACAAUCACUUAUAGAUAUCUUAACUAAAGUGUAAUCUAAUUUUAAUUGCACAUCCGAGAUUGCAUUGCGAUCCUCGGCGUUCAUAUCAAAGGAAAUUAUUUAUAUGUACAUUAUUGAUCAUAAUAAUAGACAACGGCUGUUACUUUAAUACUAUUAAAAUUAUUAUUAUUAUUAUUAUUAUUAUUAUAACUACUAUUAUAAUGUUUAAUUAUUAAUAUUACAAAAUAUUUUUAAACUUAUUACUAAUAUUAUAUUAUAUAUAUAAAAAUAUUGUAAAUUGAUACGUUCUGAACAUUUGCCUUUAUCAGGCCAUCGAUGUUUGAAGGACGUGCCAGUUAGAACAACUCCUAUCUAACGAGUGAGUUUUGUAUUCAUCAGUAAAAAGUUGUUUGACCGGAAACAGACUUGUUGUCCGGAAGCCGAAACAUAAAAAUGCCGAGCAAACAAAUUUUCACAACCAACUUCAAUAGGAAUAAGAAUGCACAAUUUUUAAAAUACAUUCUUUAUAUAGGGGUUGUUUUAACAAAAAUAAAUGCAUAUAUUUGUUAAGUUCACCGAUCCCCAAUUGUAUAUUUUUAAAUUAUUAUUUAAAAUUCAAAUAAAAUUGUUAAAAUAAGCGAUAAUUUACUUGAAAAUAAAUAUUCUUUAAAAUAAAUUAAUUUAUUAAAUAUUGAAUUCUAUUUCAUAUUAGAUUAGUACAUUAGGUAUAUCUUAUGUAUUAAACUAUAGUUUCAUACUCUAAUUCUGUGUAAUAAAAUCAUUAAACU